AUGUCUGAUAUCGAGGAUGAUUUGUUGGCGCUUGCUGGCGCUGAUUCUGGCUCUGAUGAUGAAAUGCUGGAUGUUCCAUUAAAAAGAGUCAAGGCAGAAGAAGAAAGUCGACAAGCUUCCAUGGACGAGAAAGCUGAUGAAGAUGAAGAAGACGAUAAAGAAAACGAAGGUUUCGAGGACGAAGAAGAAGAAUACAAUGAUGUCGACAUGGACGCUGAAGAUGACGAUGACGGAGACGAAGAUGACUUGAUAAAUCCGUAUCCGUUGGAAGGAAAGUACCGAGAUGAGGCUGACCGAGAGCAUUUGCUCGAGAUGGACGAAAUUGAAAGAGAACAGACGCUUUUCGAGCGUUCUCAAGAGAUGGACAGAUACAAUGAAAAGAAGUAUUUGCAGCAGCGGAUGAAGCAGCAGAAACUGGCUGGUGUAGAGAAGAAAACCAGAUCCAGCAGCCGGAAAGCCGCGACUUCGGGGUCUAAAGGCUCGAAGCUGGACAAGUUGAGCGAGUUGAGAAAGCAAAGAGAGCAGAAAAGCAGAAAGGCGGCUGAUGAUUAUGAGGAGGACGAAGAGGAUGACAAUGAGGCCUUCGCUGAAGACGAAGAUCUCGAAGGUGAGUACGACGAUGGUUAUGAAGAUGAGGUUAUUUGGGGCAGCGGUCUGUCCAAAUUCAAGCCCCGGAGCUUUGAAAGAGCGGGCGUGGAACAUUUCAAUCGCAUCCGUAUCGGCCGCAGCUUUCUAAGCAAGUAUCUUUACUACCGUCAAUUUGGCGAUGUGAUUUCGAAGACUUUUGGCAAAAUCAACGUUGGAAUGGACAGAAGAACGCGCCGGCCGUUGUACAGAGUGGUUCAGAUUGAAGAGUUGGUGAGCCAUCCUCAUAAACAGUACAGAUUGGGCGACACCAAAACAGAUUUCUACUUGGUAGUCAGCCAGAACAAGUCGCAAACAAAAGAGUUCCCGCUCUCUGUGUUCAGUGACGCAGACAUUACGCCAGAAGAGUUUGAGAGGUAUGUGCAAGAGUUGAACAAGACCAACGAGGAUGUGCCUUACGUGGACGAUAUCAACGAAAAGGCCGAACAGUUACACCAAUUAAUGAACAGCGGACUUUCAAACAAGGACAUCGACGACAUGGUGACAAAGAAGCAAAAAAUGCAAGGCGGUAUCAGCUCCUUCGAUGCAGUGUACCAGAAAUCUCGUGUGAGGGACGAAUUGAAGGUGGCGAAGCAAGAGGGUGACGUUGCUCGUGUUAAGGAGCUUUCAGACCGUUUGCGGAAGUUGGAAGAUAUUUUGUACAAGGACACCGAACGGACGUCGGCCGGGUCAAUGAAUGACAUGUCUAAAGUGAACGAACGGAACCGGAAGUUGAACCAGACCAACAUCCGGAAAGCUGAGUUGAAAUCAUCCCAUUUGCGCAAAACGGGUGAGUUAGACGAAGGUGAUCCAUUCCUGCGGUUGAAAACCACCACUAGAAUAUUCUACCAGGAGUUGGUGAACGAAGAAAACCAAAAGGCGUUGCAAGACGCGCGUGCCAACUACGAGACGAUGAUGGCAGAGAAAAACGAGCAAGAAGCCAAGAUCGCCUCCUCUACAUAUCGUGAGCUCGGCAAUUUCGACCGUCUCAUCGCACAAGUGGACAUUGACUUUGUGCCUGCUUUAUAA